GGGCGGCCAGCUGGCGUCACCAGGACAACGGGCGUUGCCGGCGCCGUGUGACUCCGGGCUGUGGGCGCGCUGGCGGCUGUCCGCCAUGGUUUUCUCAAAUAAUGAUGAAGGCCUUAUUAACAGAAAGUUACCAAAAGAACUUCUUUUAAGAAUGCUGUUCAGCUUGUUGUUAAAUUUUACUUGGUCUAAUCCAGAAUGUACUAAGUAUGUACAUAGCAUUGGUCUGGAUUCUUUUUGUAAUGUGGCUUGGAAUGUCUUAGCCCUGGAUGGAAGCAACUGGCAAAAAAUAGACCUUUUUAACUUUCAAACAGAUGUAGAGGGUCGCGUGGUGGAGAACAUCUCCAAGCGCUGCGGUGGGUUCCUGCGGCAGCUCAGCUUGCGAGGCUGUAUCGGUGUCGGCGACUCCUCCCUGAAGACCUUUGCACAGAACUGCCGAAACAUCGAACACUUAAACCUCAAUGGGUGCACAAAAAUCACUGACAGCACGUGUUACAGUCUCAGCAGAUUCUGUGCCAAGCUGAAACAUCUGGAUCUGACCUCCUGCGUGUCCAUUACCAACAGCUCCUUAAAGGGGAUCAGUGAGGGCUGCCGGAACCUGGAGUACCUGAACCUCUCGUGGUGCGAUCAGAUCACGAAGGACGGCAUCGAGGCCCUGGUGCGCGGCUGCCGAGGCCUCAAGUCCCUGCUCCUGCGGGGCUGCACGCAGUUAGAAGAUGAAGCUCUAAAACACAUUCAGAAUUACUGCCAUGAGCUCGUGAGCCUCAACCUCCAGUCCUGCCCGCGCAUUACGGACGAAGGCGUGGUGCAGAUCUGCAAGGGCUGCCCCCGGCUGCAGGCCCUCUGCCUGUCUGGCUGCGGCAACCUCACGGACGCCUCUCUAUCAGCCCUGGCGCUGAACUGCCCGCGACUUCAGAUUUUGGAGGCUGCCCGGUGUUCCCAUUUGACCGAUGCAGGCUUUACACUCUUAGCUCGGAAUUGCCAUGAUCUCGAGAAGAUGGAUCUGGAAGAAUGUGUCCUGAUAACCGACAGCACGCUCAUCCAGCUCUCCAUCCACUGUCCUAACCUGCAAGCCCUGAGCCUGUCCCAUUGUGAGCUCAUCACAGAUGAUGGAAUCCUGCACCUGAGCAAUAGCUCCUGUGGCCAGGAGAGGCUGCAAGUACUGGAAUUGGACAACUGCCUCCUCAUCACCGACAUGGCCCUGGAGCACCUGGAGCACUGCCAGGGCCUAGAGCGCCUGGAGCUGUACGACUGCCAGCAGGUGACCCGCGCAGGCAUCAAGCGGAUGCGGGCUCAGCUCCCUCACGUCAAAGUCCAUGCCUACUUUGCACCUGUCACCCCACCGACAGCAGUGGGAGGCAGUGGCCAUCGGCUGUGCAGGUGUUGUGUCAUUCUCUGACAGAGCUGCGGGGCCCAACUCCAGAGAAGACCUGAGUCUCCCCUCCCUUCUCCAUGGUCACCGAAAUCUGUUGCUUCUCCAUUGGGAAAGGUAUUUACAGGUAAAAGACUUCUGUAGGGAUUGCAGUAACUUUGGCGAUAAGUUUUGACUUUGUAGUUUGCUGCGAUACAAUCAAAUCAAGCCUUGUCAGUAAACACACAGCAAGAGUGGAUUCAGUGCAGCCAGGACCGUGCAAGAAACCGGGUUUCUUAACAAGGUGGGUUUACCUUCCUAGUGGCAAGCGUUCUGUUCUCAGCUUUGUCAGCAUUCCUCAGACCAUCAGUGUUAGCACAAAAACGAAGCUGUUGAUUUCUGAUAAUUAAGAUAGUGGCCUACUUUUAAUUCACAACAAUUCCAUUUUGUCUAGCAGGGCUUUCCCACUUUGAUGUACCUUUAUCAAAGUGACUGUACUGCAAAUUCGUAAUACCUAAUAGUUUUGUAUGUGGAAGGCAUGUUAAGAAGUUUCUAUGAGACACCAAAGAAAUGAGGACUCUACACUGGGUGAAGCUGGGUCUUCACCUAUUUGUCAACUUGGGGACCAAAACUAAACAGUAAACUCAGAGUUCAUGUUGCCUGUUUGGAAAUUAGAAGCUCUGGUGUAAGCUACAGCACAGUUUUAUUAUAGGAGAAAAGCAAUAGAAUUGAAUAAGGCUUCAGUUAUAAUAAAAAAUGAAUGGAUGCAUGUAGAAUGGGUGUAAUUUUUUCCAAGUUUAUUUUAAAAUCUUAGAAAUCAAGUUACACCAGAACUAGUCAAAAGUUUUAUACAUUUAAAACUCAGAUCAGUCAAGUGUUGGCACCUUUUAGAUUCAAAAUAUAAAAAUGAAUAAAACCAUUUGCAACACUUAAACCAGAGGGUUUUAUUGCUAUAGAUAGUCUAUGGCAGGGAAAUCUGAGCAAAAAAAACUUUCCAAAUUCAAAUCUUCCUAAUGUUACCUAAGCAUCUGAUAAGAUGAUCUAGUUUCUGCCUGUGCUGUCCACAUUUGUGAUCUUUCUUAAUUAAAACUAGGAACCCAUCACCACCCUUCCUAGCCUGGAAUCCAGAGCUUGUGAGAAGUGAAACAGUAAACGAGGUGUUCUUUUCCUAGGACUAGCAGUACUUCUAGGUGGGCAGUUUUAGAGGUAUUCAGGACACAAUACCUCAGCUGCUUCUAGGAAGAGAGGGCUUACCUAGAACUCCUUAAGUCAAUUUAAUGGGAUUAUCAGAAUAAGCAUUCAAGUCUUGAUUUUAUUGCUUUAUGAUAUACUCUGGUAUUCACAGGUCUAAAAAUUGUGUGUAUGCCACAGUAGUUAUUUAAAUAUACAUUUGCAACACCGUGUGGGGGAGAAAUGACUGAUGCUAUUUAAAUAAAACAAAACAUAUACCACAGACCUGCUUCAGUGAUUAUGAAUUAGUUUCUAUUUUAUGGAAAUGGGCCUUCUAUACAUUAUCUCCCUUGAGCCAGGACACAAUCUAUCACAACUACUUUUCAAUGACCCAUUUAUAACAGAAGAACCUCUAAUAAAAAAGUUACUGGAAUAACAUUACCUCUCCGUUGCAGCAGCUUUGAGAAAACCACCUGGGUCUCAACCUUUACAACAUUUGGACUGGUGUGUCCUCAGAACACACAUGUGGAGCCUCUGUCCUGCGGCAGGAGCUGGGAUUUCAAAAUGACACACACACUUGCAAAACAAUCGGAAAACAUUUAUUAUACUGAAAUGUAUACAUCCUACUAUUAAAAAAACAAAGUAGCAAAUCUGCUGGUGCCAUAAUUUAACUUAUUUCACUGGGACAGACUAAUGCUCAACACCAGUUGGUGUGUGAUUUCAAGUUUGAUGAGUUUUUUUUACUCCACUUCUAAACCCUACGAGGAACUCAGAAAAGCACACAGCAUUGAAUAACAUUUAUUGUUCCAUAAGUCUUGAGACUCAAAAAAGGAAUGCUAAAUCAACAAGCAAAACUAAAACAACAGAAACUCUCUUCUUUCCCAAGUGAUUGGUACAGAAAACGUGCUCAUACAAAAGCAAAGGGAACACGACAGAAAGGAAGGCUCUCCUGCUUUGUGGCCUAUAAGAGAUAGCUAUUUUAAAACCAAAGAUGGAAACAGACACAGUGCUUCUUUGUAUUAGACACCCCCC